UUCGGCUCCGCACAGGGGGACAGCACCUCUGAUUUCGCCCUUGAGGCCUUCCCUGCCGUAUUGCCCAGCUGGCCCCGGCUUACGAUUGCUCACUCUGCGCAGGUUUCCCAACGUCCUAGCCCCAGCCCACAUGCAUUUGAACUCUCACCUCCUUGCUCCUUAAUCUUUGAAGAACUACAGAAGAGUCCUUUGACUCUUCUCAGGCUCUCCAGGCACGAAAGUAGUGUGUCGUACGAUGGCAGGACUACUUUCUGUAAUGCUUAAUGAGUUCUUUGUGUACCUGCAGUCCUUUUACACCCGGCCAAACCAGGGCUGUCAGAUUGAGAAGUCACUGGAGAGAACGUAAUAAAUGUGUUCGGAUAGUAAUCCUCAAAGAUGAGGGCAUUCCUUGGACGUAGUCUGGUGUGCUGAUUUAGCGCCCGGGAAGAAAUGCAUCUUCUGAUCAAACCUGAUAUAAUGAUAUGCGUCCAUUGCCCUGGGAGUGUGCGAAAUUUAUCAGAAGUGGCCUUUUAUUGUAAGCAGACACCAGAGCUGAAGUUGCAAGCCCGCUGCUGCCUGAAUCAGAAGGACACCAUUCUGGGGCACAUUCCUCUUCAUGUCCUUUUAUCCAGGCUGGAUCUCCAGAACUGUUCUCUGAAGGACCUUGGUCCAAACUUUUCUCAGGCACAUACUGCUGUCAUCAUAGACCUGCAAGCAAACCCCCUCAAGGAUGACUUGGCCAACACCUUCCAUGGCUUUACCCAGCUCCAGACUCUGAUACUACCACAAGACGUCAACUGUCCUGGAGGUAUUAAUGCCUGGAAUGUUGUCACGUCUUACACAAACUAUCAAACCUGCCAAGGGCAAAGGAACCUUUGUAAUAGCACUGGGGAUGCAGAAAUAUGUCCUGAAAAUGGAUCUUGUGUGCCUGAUGGUCCAGGUCUUUUGCAGUGUAUUUGUGCUGAUGGCUUCCAUGGCUACAAGUGUAUGCGCCAGGGCUCCUUCUCGCUGCUUAUGUUCUUCGGGAUCCUGGGAUCCACCACGUUAUCCAUCUCCAUCCUGCUUUGGGGGACCCAACGCCGAAAAGCCAAGGCUUCAUGAACUGCAUAAGUCUUUCUGCUGACCCAAAGAAUGACCCAAUCUAUCUUAGCCCAGCCAGGGACAUUUGCUUCCGAAACAGGCCGGCCAGAGGGUCCUCAAGGCCACUGCCGAGGUUGGAAGGAAGAUUGAACGUUGCACAGUGCCGGAGAGUUAUAUUCCAACCCAGGAGUGGACUAGUACCAGUUCCCAUUUGUGCUGUUAACUGUAAUAAACUUUUUUUUAAAAAUU